CGGAAAUCCGCGGCCAGUUGUGGUCAGUCUAAGAUCUAGGUCGGUCCUCGGAAGACACACUUCUCUCGCGCGUGUUCCGUCGUCGGGUUGUCGGUGGAAAGUGUCCUGUCCUUGUGAUCCUUGCAAAUAAACUCGUCCAAAAAUGACUGCAAAAACGCGUCGAACCAGCAGCAUCGCGAUUGUCGAUGAAGAUGAGGAGCAACGGUUGAUCAUCAUGCGCAAGGCGUUCCAGAUGUUCGACACGACCAAGAGCGGCCUGAUCGAGACGGUCAAGAUCUCGACGAUCCUGAACACGCUCGGCCAGCAGUUUGACGAGGGCGAACUGCAGGACCUGAUCGACGAGGAGGACCCGGACAACACGGGGAAGGUCAACUUCGAUGGGUUCGCCAACAUUGCCUCCAACUUCCUGAUAGAGGAGGAGGACGCGGAAGCGAUGCAGCAGGAGUUGAAGGAGGCGUUCCGGUUGUACGAUCGCGAGGGCAACGGUUACAUUACCACAAGUACACUGAAGGAGAUCUUGGCCGCCCUGGACGACAAGCUGUCGAGCGAGGACCUGGACGGAAUCAUCCAGGAAAUCGAUACCGACGGUUCCGGCACUGUUGAUUUCGAUGAAUUCAUGGAGAUGAUGACCGGAGAAUAAUUUGCCGAUUACCGGGGAAAAAGAUCCGGCUUGCCAUGCCAUCAUCGUCCUCCCCCGCCCAAAACAGCUCCAAGCAACAAACAAAACGACAACGUAGCGAUACUAGCGAGAGUUCCAGCAAUUUCUUCAGUUUUUUUUUUAUUUUUCGUUUGUUUGUGCCAAAACACGUGUCCACCCCCACAUCUUGCCAGCAUCGAUAACAAAAAGAAAACAA